UAACAAUACAACAUGAGCACUUGAUGAUAUCAUAACUACAGAAACCAGCAGAAUAUGCUUAAAAAAUACUUAAUAAAAUUAAGAGUUGAAAAGACAGUUUAAUAUUUUCUUCUUUCCUCUGAAUAGGAGUAGAGACUAAUUUUUAUAUGUUAGAUAUUAAAGCCCAAUGUAUCUGUAACUUACAUCUAUAUAAUUUGGAGUAAAAAUAGUAGAGAGCAAAAGUAGGAACUGAAUUAUCUGCUAAGAAUGAGUCUGACAUUAAUGACACCAUUCUUGUUUGGGUGGAAAUCCAAAAGAAGUUUUGAAAUAUUUGCCAUUAUAAAUGAAUUGAAACUAAAAGGAAUCUCGACUAUUGGGAUUUUAUGAUAAAACUAAUUUGGAUUGAAUCCUUUUGGUCGAGAGUAAAGAUAAGAUUUUCACAGAGGAAAUUGUUAAUUUUAUCUUUGCUAAGAAUUUUGCCAAUAUGCAGCAAUAGAAGGUAUAUAAUUCUUUAAGUUUCUGCCUUCGUUCUAUUUCAUAAGUCAAGUAGAAUUGAUUUAUAAAGGAAACCUCACCAAAGGAAACAUUAUGUAUGUUUUAGCUUAUUCUCAAAUCUAGCUAAAACUAAGGAAUUAUUUGUAGUUUAAUUUUUUGAGUUCUAGAGGUAUUAACACAGCUCACUUCUCAAUGAGGCUUGUUGUAUUAAUGUAAAAGUACUAGACAACCAAACUAUUCAGUCAUUUUAAAUGACAAAAUUUUAAAUAUUUUUGGUUAUGAAUAAAAUAAUUUCUUCAAAAUAUCACUAACUUACAAUGUAGAUAUUCAAGGAGGCCAAAGAGAUGAAGUUGUUGUAACACAAGAAAUCAACGAGGAGACUAAAUUGGUAGUCAAAAAUGAAGAGAGAAAGAAUAAGAUAGAGGAAGAAAGUGAGGAUAAAAACAUGUUCAUUAAGCUCCUUUGAUCUAAAACGCAACUAUGCUCUCACAAGAACGGAUGUAUCAAGAACUCUUUCAAAGGCCUCUUAAGAAACUUUGCUAUCGGCUUCGGCCUCAAUGCUGCCAAAAUCAUUUUGUUCGGCUUGCUCAGACCAGCCAAGUUCACUCGGAACUUUACUUGGAAGAACUUGCUGAGCUGCGCCAGACUGGGAGCAUUUCUGGGGUUGUGGAACUUCAGUUACAAAGCAUUGUUGUGCAUGGGCAGAAGGCUGUUUAAGAGCGACAAGAUCAGUUCAGUGGUGGCAGGUGCCAUUUCAGCGCUUUCGCUAGCCAUUGAAGAGGAAGGGAGAAGAGAGACCAUUGCAUUAUACAUAUUCGCUAGAAGCACACAUGCAAUGGCACUUAAGUUAGAGAAUGAUGGAAUAACAAAAAAUCCAGAUAAAGGAGAAGUGAUUUUUUUCUGUCUUGGAACAGCUCUUUUGUUAUACAUUGCUAAAUACCAUGUUGAAAUACUUAGCGACAGUCUGCACAAGCUAUUGUUUGGAAUGAUUAAGCAGAAGAACAAUGAUAAAAUCUCAAGGAUGAUAUCCUAUUACAAAAGAAACAAGGAUCUUGAUGGGAAUCUAGAUUUUAACAUUCCAAACUGGUUGAAACAAGUUUAUCCUUCUAAAAAUAUUUAGUUCUAAA